UUCACCGGACUUCUGGAAGGAUAAGCUGUCACUCACCAAGGAACCUAGAGAACUACUGUCAGGCUUGAGUCAGACGUCUUUCUUUGCCCACAAACAUGCUGUGAUGAAACACAGUAGAUCUGCUACGAAAUGCUCUGGCUUCCAUUACAAGGAAACACCUAGGAGAACAAUGCUUUGCUCACCAGAGAAGGUGGGAAUGAGAUCCCGAAAUCAAGGUGCUGAAAGCUCAUCAAACGGGCAUUUCUCCUGCCCUCAACCCUCCACCAUCACCAUUGCUGAAGAUAAAAACCUUCCAGAAGAUGCAAAGAAAAAGAAAAAAACAAACAAAAAGGAGAGUGAUGUCAUGGUCUCAGCAACAGUCAAACGACACUUGAAAACAUCUGGAGAAAGAGAACAGGGGAACAAGAAAUCUCUCGAGUUAUCCAAAGAAGACCUCAUCCGACUGCUCAGUAUAAUGGAGGGAGAAUUGCAGGCCAGGGAAGAUGUGAUCCACAUGCUGAAGACAGAAAAAACCAAGCCCGAAGUUUUAGAGGCUCACUAUGGAUCAGCAGCACCAGAGAAUGUCCUUCGGGUUCUGCACAGAGAUGCCAUCCUGGCCCAGGAAAAGUCCAUAGGAGAAGAUGUAUAUGAGAAACCAAUUUCAGAGCUGGACAGGCUCGAAGAAAAACAAAGAGAAACCUAUCGGCGCAUGUUGGAACAGCUCCUGUUGGCAGAGAAGUGCCACAGGCGCACUGUUUAUGAGCUAGAAAACGAGAAGCACAAGCACACGGAUUACAUGAACAAAAGUGAUGACUUCACCAACCUCCUGGAACAGGAACGUGAAAGGUUAAAAAAGCUUCUUGAACAGGAGAAGAUCUAUCAAGCUCGAAAAGAAAAAGAAAACACCAAGAGGCUCAAUAAAUUGAGAGAUGAACUGGUGAAACUCAAGUCAUUUGCCCUCAUGCUGGUAGAUGAAAGACAAAUGCACAUUGAACAACUUGGCCUGCAAAGCCAGAAGGUGCAAGACCUCACACAGAAACUAAAGGAAGAAGAGGAGAAACUGAAAGCUAUUACUUCAAAAUCCAAAGAAGAUAGGCAAAAGCUACUUAAGUUAGAAGUAGACUUUGAACAUAAGUCUUCAAGGUUCUCUCAAGAGCAUGAAGAGAUGAACGCUAAAUUGGCCAAUCAGGAAUCUCACAACAGGCAGCUUAGGCUUAAGCUGGUAGGUUUGACUCGAAGAAUUGAGGAACUGGAAGAAACCAACAAGAACCUUCAGAAGGCUGAGGAAGAACUUCAGGAGCUAAGAGAUAAAAUAGCCAAAGGGGAAUGUGGGAACUCUAGCCUGAUGGUGGAGGUGGAAAACCUCCGAAAGCGUGUGCUGGAAAUGGAGGGCAAAGAUGCGGAGAUCACCAAAACGGAAUCGCAGUGUCGAGAACUGAAGAAGAAACUGCAGGAAGAAGAACACCACAGCAAAGAGCUCAGGCUCGAAGUUGAGAAGCUACAGAAGAGAAUGGCCGAACUGGAGAAGCUGGAAGAGGCUUUCAGCAAGAGCAAAUCGGAGUGCACACAGUUGCACUUGAACCUGGAAAAAGAGAAAAACUUAACCAAAGACCUGAUAAACGAAUUGGAAGUGGUGAAGAGUCGAGUUAAAGACCUUGAAUCUUCUGAAAGCCGAUUAGAAAAGGCUGAAAUGACUUUAAAGGAUGAUCUGACAAAGCUGAAGUCAUUUACUGUGAUGCUGGUCGAUGAAAGGAAAAAUAUGAUGGAAAAAAUAAAACAGGAAGAAAGAAAAGUAGAUGGUCUCAAUAAAAAUUUCAAGGUGGAGCAAGGGAAGGUUAUGGAUGUGACUGAGAAACUAAUUGAUGAAAGUAAGAAGCUUUUAAAACUUAAGUCUGAAAUGGAGGAAAAGGUAUAUAGCUUGACAAAAGAGAGAGAUGAGUUAAUGGGCAGGUUGAAAAGUGAAGAAGAAAAAUCCUCUGAGCUGAGUUGUAGUGUUGACAGAUUAAAGAAGAGGCUGGAUGGCAUGGAGGAAGUGGAACGAGAAAUAACCAGAAGUAGAUCCCGAAAAGGACCUGAACUCACCUGCCCAGAAGAUAAUAAGAUUAAAGAAUUAACACUGGAAAUAGAAAGACUGAAAAAGCGUCUCCAACAAUUAGAAGUAGUUGAAGGAGACUUGAUGAAGACAGAGGAUGAGUAUGAUCAGCUGGAGCAAAAAUUCAGAACUGAGCAGGAUAAGGCUAACUUCCUCUCUCAACAGCUGGAGGAGAUAAAGCACCAGAUUGCAAAAAAUAAAGCAAUUGAGAAAGGUGAGGCUGUGAGUCAGGAGGCUGAGCUAAGACAUCGAUUCCGGUUGGAAGAGGCCAAGAGUAGAGACUUGAAGGCUGAAGUACAAGCUCUGAAAGAGAAGAUUCAUGAGUUAAUGAACAAAGAAGACCAGCUUUCUCAGCUACAGGUGGACUACUCAGUUCUUCAACAAAGGUUUAUGGAAGAGGAAAGCAAGAACCGAAACAUGGGACAGGAAGUCCUUAACUUGACAAAAGAGUUAGAGCUCUCUAAGCGUUAUAGCCGAGCUCUAAGGCCAAGUGUGAAUGGAAGGAGGAUGGUAGAUAUUCCUGUAGCAUCUACUGGUGUGCAGACAGAUGCAGUUAGCAAUGAAGCAGCAGAGGAAGAAACCCCAGCUGUGUUUAUAAGAAAAUCCUUUCAAGAAGAGAAUCAUAUUAUGAGCAAUCUUCGGCAGGUGGGGCUAAAGAAGCCCAUGGAGCGUUCAUCUGUACUGGACAGGUAUCCUCCAGCAGCAAAUGAGCUUACAAUGAGAAAAUCUUGGAUUCCAUGGAUGAGAAAAAGAGAAAAUGGUCCCCAAACUACUCCAGAGAAAGGGCCUCAAGCCAAUUCUAGUCCAGGACAUCCUGGAGAGGUGGUUCUUUCACCAAAGCAGGGCCAGCCUCUUCACAUUCGGGUGACUCCUGAUCAUGAGAAUAGCACAGCUACUCUAGAGAUAACUAGUCCAACAUCUGAAGAAUUUUUUUCUAGCACCACUGUCAUUCCUACCUUAGGGAACCAAAAACCUCGGAUCACCAUUAUUCCCUCACCAAAUGUCAUGUCUCAGAAAUCAAAAGGGAGUGACACAACAUUGGGGCCAGAACGUGCCAUGUCACCAGUCACAAUAACUACAUUCUCGAGAGAGAAGGUUCCUGAGGGUGGCAGGGGAACUUUUAUGGACAGACCCACAUCCCCUAUUCAGAUAAUGACAGUAUCAACAUCUGCUGCACCAGCAGAGAUCUCUGUAUCUCCAGAAUCAAAGGAAAUGCCCAUAGGAAGGACUGUCUUCAAAGUAACCCCAGAAAAACAGACUGUCCCAACUCCAGUACGAAAAUUCAACUCCAAUGCCAACAUCAUAACCACAGAGGACAACAAAAUUCACAUUCACUUGGGUUCACAAUUUAAACGAUCCCCUGGGGCGUCUGCUGAAGGGGCAAGUCCACUUGUUACAGUUAGACCAGUCAAUGUGACAGCUGAAAAGGAGGUUGCCACUGGAACUGUCCUUCGUUCUCCUAGGAACAACUUUUCCUCAAGGCCUGGAGCAAGCAAAGUGACUAGCACCAUCACUAUAACGCCUGCUACCACAUCAUCCACCAGGGGAACUCAGUCAAUGUCAGGACAAGAUGGGUCAUCUCAGCGGCCUACACCCACCCGCAUUCCUAUGUCAAAAGGUAUGAAAGCAGGAAAGGCAGUAGUAGCAGCCCCAGGAGCAGGAAAUCUGACCAAAUUCGAGCCUCGAGCAGAGACUCAGUCUAUGAAAAUAGAACUGAAGAAAUCUUCAGCCCGCAGCACUACCUCUCUUGGAGGGGGGAAGGGCUGAGGGCAGUGGCUAAGGGGAAAGCAUCAUCAUUCAUCAGUUACGGAUGAACUCUAGAUGAAAAACAAUACCAAGCAUAUACUUUGUGUGUGCGUCUCCUUUGAACCCCAGCUGGAUGAAUAUUACUUCCGCAGCCCUUUGCCAUCACCAUGGUCUUCUAUGCUACUGAUCACUAAUGGAAAUAAUUUACUACUUCCAAUGAAUGUUUUGGGGGUAGAAUUUUAUAGCUUAUGGCACCUUGCUAAUAUGGAAAUGGGUAACAAGAGCAAUACAGUCUCUGUGCCAACUGAAUUAUAUUCUCCUAUUUGCUAAACUUUAAGGUCCACUGGCACAUGCUUGUGUUUGUUGUUGUUAUUUGCUACAUAAUUUAUUUUUUAAAGUACACUUUGUAAUGUGAUUUUUCCAUUUCCAUAGUCGAUGGCACAUGGAAUUGUUGAAUAUACUGUCAAUUCCUAAGAGUGUUGAUAUUUUGUUUUCAAAAUUAUAAAGAAAUGUAAUGCCUUUUUUUAUUUUGGUUGAGCUAGGUAUUUUUAUGGAAAACAAGAAAUAAUAUUCUGUACAAUUUCCCAGGGUGAAUUUGUAGAUAAGACUUGAGAAGCACAAUAUCCUUACAGGGAACUUUUUUUUUUUUAUAUAGUGCUAUGGUUCUGAAUGUGGUUCAAUACUAAUAAAUAAUAGCUAUGGAAUAUGUCCUGAUUUCCAAGCUUGAUUUAAAAUAUUUUCCACUAUUUGUGGAAGCUGCUGUUACUUAAGAGUAUUUUUUGCCAAAACCCCAAAUUUGAUGCUAAUCACCCUGGGAAAUGAUACACCUAAUUGAAGUGCGGAAGCUUAACCUGACAUUAACCUGAUAUACUGUAACUUAAAAGCCAAUAAAAGCAUACCCCACUUAACUUGGUUCUGUGAAAAUGUGGUUUAAGGCAGAAUAACAUUAGAGGAGGGAAAAGAAUGUUACUGCUACUGAGGUUUCAAGCACCAGCUUAGACUGGAUCAUUUCAAACCACCUGAUUUGCAUCUCAGGGCAAAGGCCGAACAAUAUUACAUGAGGGUUUCUCAAUAUUAUGGCUGGGUUUGGUUACAGCGCAUUAUUGAUGUUAUUGCAAAAUGACAUUUAUCAGGGCAUGGUUACACAAGAUAUAAGCCUGUAGUUUCAGACUGACAAUUGAAGUGUUUUGCUACUUGUGGUAUGUAACGAUAAGUAUAGAUAAGAAGGGACUGUGUGCUGCUAGCAUAGCUUGGGUGAGGUCAACAUUUUGUUAUAUCUUCAGAGCUUAUCCUAUAUGAAAGUUUGAAGAUGAAAAGUGGCUAAGUGUGAUAAAAAUAAAUUAAGCACAGUUGCUAUUCACUGAUGGCUUUUGGGUAGGAUAGAUGAUUAUUAUGACAAAUCUUUAUGAACUGUUUUAAAGCUGAGAGAUGUGAUUUCUGAAAGCAAAGACAAUAUACCUUACUGAAAUCUCAUUGUCAGAGCUGCUAUUGAAUUCAGUUUUAUAUGAAAAUUUGCCCCAAAGUUUACUUGAAGUACUGACAUUUCUGUUUUUCUUUAACCUUUGUCAAUAUGAAAACAUUUUCAGUAGGUCCUAUAACAAAACAUAAUAUCUGGGAGCAACAUGGAAGGAGAAUGUACCUGACAAAUUAAAAAUCAGCUGAACAUAUUUCUGAUUUUAUCUAUACAUAUAUUAUGUAAAUAAUAAAAUAUUACAGUUAAGGAAAACCUCAUUUUCAGUGCCAGAAGAAUAAUGAAAUCAAAACAAAUAAUAUUGUGAUGAGGUUAUUUCUUCAACUCCCAAAGAAUAGAGCCCAUGAUGUUAUAGACUUGAAAGAAGAAACUCUUGCUAGGUUUGAACAGGAGAAUUUGGAAAUUCUAUGACAGGGACAGAUUUUUCCCUUAUAUGGAUUUAGAGAAUGAAUAGUUGUGCCUUAUAGAAAAUAACAAGAGAAUCAAGUUCAAUGUGUAUUAUAUUACCAGGUGGCCAUGUUAUGUGUUUAAAUAAUUUUAGUUUUCACAAAGAUAAAGAAAUAUUAUGACACAUUAGUUUUGGUCCAAAUGACCACGAUAGCAUUGCCAUAACUUGUAAAAUUUGGACUGCUGGUCAAAAUAAUAUUGUAUAUAUGUGUGAGGUUGAUAUUGUUAUUAUUAUGAGGUUUUGUUUUCUAAGGAAGUUGAAUUAUAAUGAUAUUUCAUUUUCAGAAGAGCUACAUAAUGUUGUUAUCGCUGAGGUUUAUGAUUAAGUGCCUUUUUCUCAGAUAUUUAUACUUCUGGUACAAAAAUUUACUCUACAAUGAAACAUUGCAUUCAGUCAUAAUUUAAUAGCUCUUCCCCUCUACACCCAUCUAACAAAUACUAUUGAUUUGGUGGUGUUUCCAUAUGCUAUCAAAAAUCAUAUGGAUCAAAAGAACAAAAUUUCAAAUCGUCUUCAAAUCUUGUCAUGUAGCAUUGACUUUUCACAGAAAUGCUAUAGGCAAUCUAUACUAUUUUUACCUAAAAUGACUGUUCUCCUACUAUAUUUAGAAUGCACUACAUUAUCCCAAAACAAGAAAGGUUGAGAAUAAUGGCUACAACCAGAAACAAUUUAGGUAGGAGUUCAUGUUUCUAUCCAUUCUAUGAUGAAAACUUCUUUAUAUCGAAUCAGAAUCUAAGGGCCAGGGAAUUGAACCUGACUUAGUAAUUUAAAAAUUGAAUAUGUGUAACAACAUACAGAAUUAGCAAAGAUCAGAAAGCUUUGUACAGUGAAACAUAUAGCAGUAGGAUCCAUAUUUAUGGGAUCAUAGAUUUAGAGUUGGAAGGGGCCUUAGAGGCCAUCUAGUCUAAUGUAUUUGACAUAUAACCCAACAAGUCCAUGAAUAUAUCAAACUAUAACACCCCUGUUUAAUAUCCAGGUUACUCCUAUGGAAUCCCUUUUCCCACCUCCACCCCUACAUCUGAUAAUAUGAAUAGUGCCCUUUGCUAGAGUAAUCUUUCUGGGAUACCCCAGUUAAGUUUUGAAUCAUGGGUAUAUGCCAGGCUAUCUUUGAUUAUUCUUAUUAGAAGGGAUAUAUUUUUGUGGCUCCAAAAGUUUCUCUCAUUAUUGCUGGCAUAGAAGGGACAGUAGCAGUUCAAGCUGUUACCAUUCCCAGUACUUCUCUAGUUCUGUGUCUGUAGUAACUCUAGCAGGACAGGUGAUAUGGGGAGGAAUUGUGGGAGCAGAAAAAACUUGAAAUUCUCAAUAGUGGCAGCAAUAAAGACAGGAAGGUGAUUGGAAGUAGAGGAAGGAUAAGUUAGGUCUCCUUAAGAAUACUUGUGCCUCAGUCUGGAACUGUCCUAGCCACACAAAACGUUGAUAUUUGUUAUUAGAAUCAAAUAUUAAUAAUCAUCAGACUAGAUAAUGGUGCUUGUAAAAUGGGAUAAUUUUUAAAGAUCCCCCAAUGGGAUUAUACCAAACUUUUCAGUUCAUGUCGCCAGAAGCCUUUUUCUUAAUUCAUUACACAAUGAAUCCACUGUUGUACUUAAUUCUUGAGAUAUUACAGAAAGAAGAUGUCCUGAAAUAAUUCCCCAUAGCUGCCCCCAAUAUAUCGAUAAAAUAUUUGUCUUUAUGGCAGUUAGUAAAUAUAACAAAUAGACCAAAUUUCAGAAUGAUAGCCCUGAUUACUCACAUGUGAAGAAUUUACGACAGGACUUAGGCUUAGGACAAUACCAAUUUGAAAGAAACAUUAACCUGAAUUGAUGAUGCAACAUAACAGCUUAAGCAUAAGCAGAGAAAGCUUGAUCUGAAAAGAAUUUCAUAACCACCUAAAAGUACCAUGUUUACAAAUCAAAGAAAGAAAAAUACAAAAAGAAAAAGCUAUAAUAAACUCCCAAAAUUAGGAGGAUUUGGAGAAAAUAAUCUUACUUUUUAGACUUUGAUAUUUGUAUUUCUCAGAUUUUCAAGCAGUUAGCCCAAAACUCCAUGAUUUCAUGAAAGCUAUUUUAUUUUUUACUUAGAAAAAUGCUAUAGGCUCAUUCAUUUUGAACUGAAACAUUCAAGGUGCCAUAACAUGCUACAUUUAUUUUCCAGUGUUAUUUCUUGUAUAUGUUAUUUGGGAAUUUUAUCUUAUUAUUUGUGGGUUUGGUUGUUUCAACACUGCAGAUUUAUAGCCUAUAUUUUGGUUUAAAGAAUAUGAGCUAGAUUUUUCCACACAAAGAAGCUUAUAAUUUGAUCAAAUAUGUUAUUAGGAUUUGUGGAGAUUUAAUGUAUUAUCAGAAAAGGAAUACAUUUGAAAAAGUUUGGAAGUACAUUUUAUUUUCCUAAUACUUGUAACACAAUGUACACUUAAUGUUGCCUCCUUUAAAUUGUAUUAAUUGAGAAGUUUGUUAUUUUCAAGUGAAAACUGUUAAAUAUGUGCAUUUAUACUUAUCUUUUAUAUGAAUGCAAUAUCCUGCCUUCAAUUCUUCACUGACUAUUGAAUUUAUUUAACUAAGACAUUCGGAGAGUUAGUUAUCAAGUCAAAAGUACCAGUUGAAAUCUCACUAGAGUGUGAGACAAAUAAGGUUUGUAAAGCAAAUGCAUUGUGCAAUAUUCCUUUUGAGUUGGAACAAACUUCAUAGAAAAUAAAACCACGUUUUAAAUGAG